GAAACUCUGAAUAGGGCUUUUUCACGUUAGUAUAGGUAGUAGCAAGCGACAAAACGGCUUCGUGGAUCAUCAAUGAAAAAAAAAUAAAUAAUAGUGUCGCAGUGUAAACUUCAAAAUAAUGAAAAAAUUGUUAAUUUUAAUUUCAUUUGUGGCUGCAAUUGAGGCUGCAAGUUAUAAGGUCACCGAUCAGGUGUACUUUGAUAUCAUGAUAAAUGAUCGUCCAGUUGGUCGAAUUACUAUCGGUCUUUUUGGAGAAUUAGCUCCAAAAACAGUAAAAAAUUUCAUCACCUUAGCUACAACUGGAAUAGAUGGAAAAUCAUAUACUGGUUCGCAAUUCCAUCGAGUCAUAAAGAAAUUUAUGAUUCAAGGAGGUGAUUUGGUUAACGGCGAUGGAACAGGUUCUAUAAGCAUUUAUGGAAAACAAUUUAAUGAUGAGACCUUUGAAGUUAAACAUAAUGCUCCUGGAUUUAUUAGUAUGGCAAAUUCUGGAAAGAAUUCAAAUGGUUGUCAGUUUUUUAUUACAACUAUUGGAACUCCGUGGUUAGAUGGGCAACAUACAGCGUUUGGAAAGAUUGUUGAUGGAGUAGACAUAAUUUUUAGAAUUGAACAAACGAAAACAGAUUCUCGAGAUAGGCCAAUAAAUCCAGUGAUUAUACUCGAAAGUGGAGUUAUCCCUUUAAGUUCACCGUACUUCGUUUCAGAUGAUAUUUACGAUAUUUGGGCCUGGAUUAAAGCAACGUGUAUACCACUGAGUUUCAGUUUUGGAAUUUUGGGAUUUUUUCAGUGGAUGAUUAAAAAAUUAGACGAUUAUGAUAGAUAUGACUAUAGAAAAAUUGAUUAAUUCAACUUUAUUAGAUCAUAUUUUUCAAAGAUGCGCUUACUAUAGCAAAUUAAAAAAAAGACAUCCGCAUUUCAUUUUAUUUAUUAUCUACAUUAUAAUAAUAUUUUGUAAUAAAAAACUGAAAGAAAAUAAAGUAAUUAUGUAAACUCA